AUGGACGCAGCCUGGACCUACUCAAUCCGCGAUGUGCUCCACAAGCUCCAGGUCGACCCUUCAAAGGGUCUCUCGGCCGCCGAAGUCGAGAAGCGCAGGGAGCAGUACGGCCCCAACACCUUGCCCGAACAGCCCCCCACGCCCCUGUGGCAGUUGAUCCUCGAGCAGUUCAAGGAUCAGCUCGUCCUCAUCCUUCUCGCCUCUGCCGUCAUCUCGUUUGUCCUCGCCCUCCUCGAGGAGAACCAGACCCUCGGCGCCGCCCUCAUCGAGCCCGGCGUCAUCUUCCUCAUCCUCAUCGCCAACGCCACCGUCGGCGUCAUCCAGGAGCGCAACGCCGACAAGGCCAUCGACGCCCUCAAGGAGUACUCGCCCGACACGGCCUCGGUCAUCCGCGAGGCCCAGACUGCCCGCAUCCGCUCCGAGGACAUUGUCCCCGGCGACGUCCUCAUCCUCACCGUCGGCGACAAGAUCCCCGCCGACUGCCGCCUGAUUGCCAUCAACUCGAGCAGCUUCCGCAUCGACCAGGCCAUCCUCACCGGAGAGUCGCUCAGCGUUAACAAGAGCCUCGAGCCCGUCGCCGACGCCCGCGCCGUCAAGCAGGACAUGACCAACAUCCUCUUUAGCGGCACCACGGUCGCCAACGGCACCGCCAUCGCCGUCGCCGUCCUCACCGGCUCCAAGACGGCCAUCGGCGACAUCCACGCCGAGAUCAGCAAGGACGACGACGAAAAGACGCCGCUCAAGCAGAAGCUCGACGAGUUUGGCGAGCAGCUCGCCAAGGUCAUCACCGUCAUCUGCAUCCUCGUCUGGCUCAUCAACAUCCGCCACUUCAACGACCCCUCGCACCACGGCUGGGUCAAGGGCGCAGUCUACUACUUCAAGAUCGCCGUCGCCCUCGCCGUCGCCGCCAUCCCCGAGGGACUGGCCGCCGUCAUCACCGCCUGCCUCGCCCUCGGCACCAAAAAGAUGGCCAAGAAGAACGCCAUCGUCCGCCACCUCCCCUCGGUCGAGACGCUCGGCUCCACCAACGUCAUCUGCUCCGACAAGACCGGCACUCUCACCACCAACCAGAUGAGCGUCACCCGCUUCGCCACCUUCGAGGGCCCGUCGAGCCUGUCCGACUUCACCGUCGAGGGCUCCACCUUUGCGCCUCACGGAAAGAUCCUCGGCGCCGACGGCAAGGAGGUCACCUCGCUCAACCAGGCCGGCACGUCGUUCCACGCCCUCGCCGAGGUCUGCUCGCUCUGCAACGACUCGCGCGUCUCACUCGACGACCACGGCAACUACGCCGCGCUCGGACAGCCCACCGAGGCCGCGCUCAAGGUGCUCGUCGAGAAGCUCGGCCACCACGACAGCUCAGUCAACACGCACCUCUCGGUCAUGGACAAGCACGCCCGCGUCUCGGCCGUGUCGGACGAGUACGGCAAGGCCCACCCGCGCCUGCUGACUUUUGAGUUUUCGCGCGACCGCAAGUCGAUGUCGACCCUGAUCCGACGGUCCAGCGCCACUGGGAGCCUGCUCGUCAAGGGCGCCCCCGAGAGCGUCGUCGACCGCUGCGACAAGGUGCUCAGCGGAAAGGAGACUGUCUCGCUGUCUGCGGACGUGCGCCAGCUGGUCCACGAGAAGACGCUCGAGUACGGCCGCCUCGGUCUUCGCACCCUCGCCCUCGCUGUCAAGGAGGACGUGCCGCUGGACAUUGAGUCGUACCGCUCCUCGAGCCCCGCCGACUACGUGCGCUUCGAGCAGAACCUGACCCUCGUCGGCCUCGUCGGCAUGCUCGACCCUCCCCGCCCCGAGGUGCGCGGCGCCAUCGCCCGUUGCCGCGAGGCCGGCAUCCGCGUCAUUGUCAUCACCGGCGACAACAAGAACACGGCCGAGACCAUCUGCCGCCGGAUCGGCGUCUUUGGGCCCGACGAGGACCUCGUCGGUAAGAGCUUCACCGGGCGCGAGUUCGACGAGCUGAGCGACGCCGAAAAGAAGCGCGCCGUUCUCCAGGCGAGCCUCUUCUCGCGCACCGAGCCCACCCACAAGAGCCAGCUGGUCGACCUGCUCCAGGGCCACGGACUGGUCGUCGCCAUGACCGGAGACGGCGUCAACGAUGCGCCCGCCCUCAAGCGCGCCGACAUUGGCAUCGCCAUGGGCAGCGGCACCGACGUCGCCAAGCUCGCCGCCGACAUGGUGCUGGCCGACGACAACUUUGCCACCAUCGAGACGGCCGUCGAGGAGGGACGCUCGAUCUACAACAACACCCAGAGCUUCAUCCGCUACCUCAUCUCGUCCAACAUCGGCGAGGUUGUCUCGAUCUUCCUCACCGUGCUCCUCGGCCUUCCCGAGGCGCUGAUCCCCGUCCAGCUGCUGUGGGUCAACCUGGUCACCGACGGCCUGCCCGCCACCGCGCUCGGCUUCAACCCUCCCAGCACCACCAUCAUGAAGGAGCGCCCGCGCAGCCGCAACGACCCGCUCAUCAGCGGCUACAUUUUCGCCCGCUACAUGAUCGUCGGCGCCUUUGUCGGCGCCGCCACCAUCUUUGGCUACGCUUGGUGGUUCAUGUUCUUCGAGGGCGGCCCGCAGAUCUCGUACAGGCAGCUGAGCAACUUCCACAAGUGCGCCGACCCCACCCUCUUCCCGGACGUCGGCUGCGAGAUCUUUUCGGCCAGCCGCGCGCCCGCCACGAUUGCCCUCAGCGUCCUCGUCGUCGUCGAGAUGUUCAAUGCGCUCAACGCCAUUUCCGAGACCGACUCGCUGCUGACCAUGGGCCCGGCGAGCAACCCGCUGCUGAUUGCCGCCAUCAUCCUCUCGCUCGUCCUGCACUACGCCAUCUGCACCAUCCCCAUGCUCCAGGACUGGUUCCAGGUGACGUCGCUCAGCUGGACCGAGGUCAAGGCGGUCAUCUACAUCUCGCUCCCCGUCAUCUUUAUCGAAGAGGCGUGCAAGUUUGUCACUCGCCUCUACGCCACUCGGCCCAGCGACGCCGUCGAGGCCGAAAAGAAGAGGCAGUGA